AGAGCAUGCAAUAUGGCCACGGCGAGAAUUCGAUUGGAUAAGAUGGAAGAAAAUGGCAUGCGAAGUGUUAUUAAAUUUUAGUGAAAUGUUUACUCGCUCCGGUUGUGUAGAAUGGGAGGCUGCAUAGGCAUAACUAGGGCAAGAAAUGCCUCAAUCAAUGAUACGUCGGAAAAUUCGAGCAGAACUAAUUCGGGAAAUACAAGAAAAAAUCAUCUUCUAUGUCACGAGGUAAUCAGAUGGAAAUCGGAUGUACCUCUAACCGAGGGUCAAUUGAGAAGUAAACGAGAUGAGUUUUGGGAUACAGCACCAGCAUUUGAUGGUCGUAAAGAGAUCUGGGAUGCAUUGAGAGCAGGCGCGACUGCAGCAGAGGCACAGGAUUAUCAGUUGGCACAGGCUAUAUUAGACGGAGCUAAUAUUUCUGUACCAAAUGGUUUCUUAACUGAAUGUUAUGACGAGUUGGGCACUCGUUAUCAAGUACCUAUUUAUUGCUUAUCCUACCCAAUUAAUAUCGUUAAAGAAGAUAGUGGAAGAGACUCACCUGCUGAUUGCUCAGAACCGGUCAAUGAAGGAACAGAACAAACUUUAAAACUUAGAUUAUCAACUACUUUAGGAGAAGUUAAACUACCUGUUUAUAGCAAUGACACUAUUGCUAUUGCUAAGAAAAAAUUACAGAGUCAAGAAGGUUUGGAACCAUCACGUCAAAGGUGGUUCUUUGGUGGCAAAUUGCUUGGUGAUAAGAUGCAUAUAGAAGAGGCAAAGAUACAGCCAGGUUAUAUAAUACAAGUAAUCGUAAAUCCAGAAAGAUCAGAUAACAUCUCUGGAAAGACUAGUUGAGCUGAUACGUAAGCAAAAAUGUUACGUUCCAUCAGCAAUAAUCAGCAUACUUUUACGCUUGUUAACAAAACUUGUUGAUUAUAUAUCAAAGAUUAAUAUGAUUUUUAAUUUUUGUCAUAAUUAUCGCGAGUGAUAAAUUAUUUUAAAGGAAAAUGGAUAUAACAAAAUUUUUCAUUACAAAUUUCUCUAAAUCGCGAGUUAAGUGCAAUCGAUCUUUUUUUUUCUAUAUAUACGUUUAUUCUUAUACGUUAUUGCAGUGUAAAAAAUGAGAGAGAAAAAGAGAGAGAAAAUAUUAAUAGAAUAAAAAAACAUAUCAUUACAAAUUCAGCUUUCUUCGAUGUAUUAUAUUUUCAGCAA